UGACACAUUCGCUUCAAGUAAAAUCGUCAAAACUGUCACACAGAGACAACAUGGACGGAAGUCUUCUGUCAUCCGAGGUUACUGGGGAGCCAUGCAUGGAACGCGACAUUCUCGAAGCCAAAUCUGUUCGAGACGAGAGAAGUCUAAGCAUCGAGAAUGCACUGAUAAACGCCCGAAACAUCCUGCUGGCCCACAUUGGCGAGAACGGUGACAAUCCAUUCACCCUGUUGAUGCGCCUCAUCUCGAGGAUCCUUGCCGAGAAGCCCGGAAAUGCCGUGGAUCUCUUCGAAGAGUACUGCCGCUUGGUGAAGCAAGGCCAUUUCAUCCAUCCGGAUCUUAAACUGCGAGAUGAGAAAGGUGUGGAAAACGAACGGAAGGUUGAGUUUGCGAGGAGCGUACAACAGAAGAUCCGCUCCCUGGAACACCUGCAUUCGGCUCCGAUGUGGUCCCAGAUCGGGUUCACCCUGCCACCUUCGAUGGAUUACUUCGUUGACAGACAGAUGGAGCUAUUGCGGGCGACAGAUGGCGCCAAACAGGUUCUCUUCUGGGGAGUGGUGCACACUUUGAGCGGCAGUUACUACGUUAUCGAGGUGGAGCGGGACAGUUUUGAGGCGGUGCAGCUGGAACUGCAGCUCAGUCAGGAGAAAACGGAAAUCGCCCGGGACGUGAUCGAGGGAUUGCUGCGAGCUACCGUUUCGGACGACACGAUAAUUUCGGACUGGUGCGGAGCCGAGUCGAUGGUGAUGGAAAUGAUCGACCAGAUUUUGGAGUUUGCCAUUCCGCCGGAUACGGACGAACAGCUUGCGACGGCAGUUGCCGUUCCCUUGCUGGAUAGGAUCGUGGAGGAGGCCAUCGACGAGGCACAAGAGCCGGAGGUGGAACUCAGUGUGAUGGGCAGCCUGGAUGUGAUAUCCUGUAAUGCCACUAUGGCGUCGUCGGAUAUGAGCUUGAACCAGCUCAAGUUCGCUUCCGCGAAGGCGCUGCUCGAGGUCAAGAUGAACGUCUUCCGGUAUUACGUUUGCUGUGACCCCAUCGAAGGAACCUGGAACGAGCUGCCUACUGGGAUAACCCUUGAUAAGAUCAUGAACUCCUGCUCCACGAAAAAAUACUUCAAAGGGAAUUUGGAAUCGAAGUUGGCGAGUGGUCUGGUGGAACGUGACCACCUUCGCGCCAUCCUCACCCGCAUUUCCAUGGACCGGUAUGCUGCAGCUCAAUCCUCAUCCGCAGGCGAACCGCCAUCCAACCACCAACGGUCACGAUUGAUAACGGAGCGUGACGUGGCCGUUUACUACAAGGCAACCGGAUUCGCGCGCGACUGGCAUCGGAUGAAUAACGAGCAAAUUCCGAGAAGCGCCGGAUGGCGUAAAUCCAACACCUGGCCCGGUUCCUAUGCCUAUGGGAGGGACUUUUUCAUCUACUGUGGGUGGGGCGUAAUGAACUGUUGAGCUGCUGGACGCGGAGGACGACUGGUUGUAACUGAAUGAAAUGAAAUAGGCUGUGACGGAUGGGAAAUUUUGCGUGCAAAAUUAUUCAGUAGCGAUGGCUGCGAGGCCUGCCUUUUUGCGAGAGCACUCUGAAUAUAUACAUGUUUUGAAUGGAUCCCUAAAUAAAUGAGAUUAGUUAUUUAUUUUUACGUCCUA